AUGGCUUCCUCCGGUGUUCACAACCUCCAGGCCAAGGCCGACUUCGACUCCGCUCGCGCUGAGACCGGCACCUUGAUGGUCGUCGACUUCUUCGCCACCUGGUGCGGUCCCUGCAAGGCCAUCGCCCCUCAGGUCGUCAAGAUGUCCUCCACAUACCCCAGCGCCCGCUUCUACAAGAUCGACGUCGACGAGGUCCCCGAGGUCGCCCAGGAGCUCAGCAUCCGCGCCAUGCCCACUUUCGUUCUCUUCAAGGACGGCCAGGAGGUCGCCACCGUUGUUGGUGCCAACCCUACCGCCCUCGAGGCCGCCAUCAAGCAGCACGUUUAA